AUGGGAAGGCAUUCUUUUCCCGUUCUAAACCAACAGUUUUUGGUAGACGAAAAAUAUAAUUUUAUUCGUGAACUCGGGCAAGGAGCUUAUGGGGUUGUGUGCGCAGCGCGUAAUAAACAUACCGGCGAAGGUGUGGCAAUUAAAAAGGUCACGAAUGUAUUUAAUAAAACUAUUCUUACCAAACGCGCAUUACGUGAAGUGAAAUUAUUACAACAUUUUAGAGGUCAUAAAAAUAUCACAUGUCUAUACGAUAUGGAUAUCAUUGAUCCUCAUGAUUACAAUGAAAUAUAUCUUUAUGAAGAAUUAAUGGAGGCAGAUCUUCAUGCAAUUAUUCGAUCUGGUCAAGCAUUGACAGAUGCUCAUUAUCAAAGUUUUUCAUAUCAAAUUUUAAGUGGAUUGAAAUAUAUUCAUUCAGCAAAUGUAUUACAUAGAGAUUUGAAACCUGGUAAUCUUUUGGUAAAUGCAGAUUGUGAACUUAAAAUUUGUGAUUUUGGACUUGCUCGUGGAUUUUCAGAAGAUCCUGCCGCAAACUCUGGUUUUAUGACUGAAUAUGUGGCUACUAGGUGGUACAGAGCUCCAGAAAUUAUGCUCAGUUUUCAAAGUUAUACAAAAGCUAUUGAUUUAUGGUCUGUAGGAUGUAUUUUGGCAGAGUUAUUGGGAGGUAGACCUUUAUUCAAAGGAAGAGAUUACGUUGAUCAAUUAAAUCAAAUACUUCAAACAUUAGGUACACCUAAUGAUGUGACUUUAACAAGGAUAGGAAGUGCAAGGGCACAAGAAUAUAUUCGUAAUUUACCUUAUAUGCAUAAAAAAUCUUUUUCUACCCUAUUUCCUAAUGCCAAUCCUUUAGCACUUGAUUUAUUAGAACGUCUCUUAACUUUUGAUCCUUCUAAACGCAUAACUGUUGACGAAGCAUUAGAACAUCCAUAUUUAUCUGUGUGGCAUGAUCCUAAUGAUGAGCCUGUAUGUUCUGAAGGUUUUGAUUUUUCAUUUGAAUCAGUUGAUAGUCCUGAAGUAAUGAAAGUAAUGAUUGCUCAAGAAGUCCAAAAUUUCCGAGCAAUGGUUAGACGUCAACAUGGACCUCAACUUAGUGUUGCAACUAAAUCCAUGUAUUCACCCGCCAUAUAUUCACCCGGUUUAUCAAAAAUUCCCGAUCGUGAUACCAUCCUAAAUUCUCCUACUGUAGUACGUGGUGAUGUGAAUGCACUUGCGGCAGAUCAUUAUAAAGGAGUUCAUGGUGCCCCUACAAGUGAAGAUUUAGAAAGAGAAUUAAGUGGAUAUAUACAAUAA